UCGCGUUUAAAAGGAAAGCAAUUGCCUAAUCAUACCGGAUAAUAAAAUUAAAAGACAAAAAGAAAUAAACAAAGCACCUCAAUUAGAAAAAAAAAAAAAAUCGGCAUCCUUAUCUGUUGUUUCGCCGGCGGAGGGGAAAAAGAUCGAAAAUGUCACUGGAGGCCCCGCUUUUCCAGGAAGCACCACGCUGCGACGUCUGCAAAUGCAGCUUCACCACUUUCAGACGCCGGCACCAUUGCCGAUGUUGUGGGAAGACAUUAUGCCAUGAACAUUCAUCUAAUCAAAUGGCUUUACCACAAUUUGGCAUACUUUCGUCUGUUAGAGUUUGUGCAGAGUGUUUCAAUAACUGUUCAGGAUCGGCAAAAGCUGAUCCUCAGCAUUCUUUAGGUGGAGUUGAUUCUGUUACAGAUGAAGUCUUUAGAUUAAACAUUAGUGCAGUUAUGGUUUCAAAAACUGAAGCAACUGCAGAGCAUCAGCCUUUUUCAAGCAUUCCAGAUUGCAAGUGUGGCAUGCCUUUGUGUAUUUGUGAAUCUCCAGCACCAACAACAGAUGCACUUCCACUUAAGAUGAAAAACCAUCCAUCCUCAGUGGCUUCAUCAAAUCCAAAGUCAAAAAAGACUGACACUGUUCCCAAGAGUAGAGGCUCCACUUCAAACAGCAAAUCUUGUUUGGUUUUCAAUCCUGGUCUGGUGACCAAUGGUACUGCUGCAGAUAGAUCUCAGAUGGAUUAUGAUAUCAAUGGAGAGGGUUUAAGAGAAGCUAUAAAGAAUGGUGAUACUGCUGCAGUCAAAAAGCUUCUAAACGAGGGUGUAGAUGCAAAUUACCAUGACAAGCAAGGAUUAUCUUUGCUGCAUCUGGCAGCAAUGUUCAAUCGAACUGAUAUAGUGUUUGCCCUCAUGGACUGUGGAGCAAGCAUGUAUUACAAGAAUGCACAGGGAGAAACACCACUGGAUUGUGCACCAGUCACUUUGCAAUACAAGAUGCAAAUGAAGAUGAAAGAAAGCGAGCAGGGUGAAAUCAACUAGACAAGGGAAUUUGAAGGAAGAUACAUAAUUUACUCCGUUAACCAACAUGCACGAGCUCGAGCUGUCAGCUUCAACAAGAUAUUAUUGAUAUAAUGCUUCAAGCUGUCAGCUUCAACAAGAAACUAUAGUUAUAAUGCUGGAAGUGUUUGUAUUAUAUCUGUUAGACAAGCUGUCAAACAGGCAGCAGGACAUGGAGGCUCAAUCAAAAUGCUGUUUUUUCCUUUAUUUUGAUCAACAAUCAGAAUGCUGUUGCGAGGCAAUAAAAGUUCCUACUAAAAUACUAAACUCGUUAGUUCUGUUACUAUUCUGGUAACAUGUAACAUGCGCGAAAUACGAUGGGCCACUUCGGUCGGUAGAUGAGCUGGCCGUUUUAGUCUUCCUUUUCCCUGUUUUAAUCGUUGGGUUUGUGACACAAUUUCUCGAUACCCCUUAGAUUUUGCCUUUGAGACAUGUUUUGUAUGCAACUGUUAAAUCAAGUUCAUUGAUUGCAUAUAUGCUUGUAGACUGUAGUUUAUAGUGGGGUCGGGAAACAGACUUGAGCUGACAAACAUUGACCUAGCCCUCGUCUGUUUGUGUUAGAUAAGAUAUACGGACCAUUAGCCAUAUGUUUGCCGAAAGAUGUUACAACGUCUACCUUUAUGAUUCGGUCAUCUACUUUAAAUGAAAGACACAUGUAAAUUGCAACAGCUGCCUUUUUCUUUAUUUAAUCUACUUUGCAUACGACAUGGUCAAAAUGUUUGCUCGAUGUUGGAAGCAUGGAUAAGGGUUUAAUUGUUUACAUUAAUUCAUUCAACAAAAUCUUCUUGUAACCAUGAGUUGCCAGCAUCGAAUAAUGGUCAAACCUGGCCAAGUCGUGCUGCGGCGAACGGAUAGGAAUUCCCUGAACAAAAGACCGAUGCUCACCUCAUUCUUUUGCAUGGCGUCUGCAUGCAUCAAAGCUGGCUUUUGGGUAACCAAGGUCCCUUUUCCUGGAAGGCAAACCAUGGCUGUAAAUUUUCUCUAUUGUUUCUUAUCUUUUUCUUUAUAUAUUUUUCCCACCAUUGCCUUUCUCCAACUUAAAAUCGUAAAGUAACAUUGGAAAUGGUGGUGAGUUGGUGGGAUCUGACUGGGAUUGUGGAAACUAAAGUGUGAUGGGGCCAUUUCUAACGUGUCAUGUGAAAAAGCAAAGAUUUUGCAUAUAUAUGGGAUGAUGAUCUCACCUUUCUGUUCCACCUAACAUUCUAAAAUUAAUCUGCUCUUUUAUUUAAUGGAUGAUGUGUGAUGAUUAAAAUGGGUGAUUGCCGCAUUGGCCUUUGCUUUUUAUGACUGAACAUAAUCAUAUCCUUUAAUCGAGGGCACACAUCAAAUACAGCAUGAAUCAGCCAGCAGUAAGCAGAGCACCUUCAGGGAAGCACGCUCAUCCCUUUCCUUCCAAAAUUUUUUUACUACCUACUUAUGUCCAUUUAAAAAAAAAUGAAAGAUACUUGAUGAA